ACUGGCAUGGCGGGCAGCUCCCCGGGAAGAAGGGCAAAGCAAAACGGGACUGAUCUCUGUCCCCAGGGUGACCGAGCGCAGGCGUACUGCGAGCUGGAGCACGUCCUGCAGGAAGGUGACAGCCGCCCGCCGUGCGGAGUGCUGAACCGGCUGCUGGCUGAGGUGUCCCAGGACCUGACAGCAGCCCAGGGCGUGCCGGACAGCGUGAGGAUGGCUGCCAGCAAUGUCCUGGUGGCUCUGGCCCGGACACACUUCACCUUGGUGAUGGCCGAGCUCCAGGGCCACCUGAAGGCCGUGGGGGAGAUGUCGAAGGAGUUUGUGCUCGUCACCCUGAGCAAACUGUUCACCAGCUACGCUCCACAGUGCAUCUCCUUCGUGUGGCUGACGCUGGCCGGCCUGCGCAGUGUGGUGAGCUGGGUGAGAGGCGGCCGGACCCUGCGCAUUGCUUGUGCUGGUGAGUGCCGGCCCCAGAGCAGGGGGUUGUGA